CGAGGAUUCGUACGGCGCGAGCGUUCGUCGAUCCCGAGGGCUCGGCUAAAUGAAGUUAAAUUGUUUAAUAUCCGAGCGGUUCAAUCGGUCGUGAGGCUAGGCCGAGCCGUGCAGCAGAGCAGUGCGAGGACCGGCGACGCGACGGAGCCGAGCGAGGUGCGCGCGGAGGUAGCGGGCCCGCACCCGCCGCCGCCCGACACCUACAUGUACGUCUGCGGGGACGGCGGCCCCGGCGGCCCGCCAAGGUACGAGUGUGCCUUCGAAGGGCCCGGGGCGAUGGAACAGCAGGCCUUUGAAGACCACAUGUUCGGGGAGUUCGGCAAAGAAAGGCACGUUCAGGUCGUGGUUGGAGCCGGGGGCGAGCUGUACCGGGACGAGUUGCCAGUGUUCGCGGCCGAAGCUAAGCGGAAGGAUGAGUCGCCACUGAUGCUGCCGCCGGUGGAGGCAGCCCCGCCACCACCACCGCCGCCAGCUACAAAGAAAAGCGAAAAGAAAAAGGGCGACAACAAUGGAAUUAAGAAAAAGAAAACGAGGACUACUUUUACGGCGUAUCAGUUGGAGGAACUAGAACGGGCAUUUGAACGGGCGCCCUAUCCUGAUGUGUUCGCGAGGGAGGAGCUGGCUCUCAAACUUAAUUUGUCUGAAUCACGAGUCCAGGUGUGGUUCCAAAACAGAAGAGCAAAGUGGAGAAAACGAGAGCCACCAAGAAAGACUGGUUACAUUGGAUCUAGUUCACCAAGUUCUACUACAAUAGGCGGAGGAUUUUCCGGAAUCGGUAGCAAUCUCCCCGCAUUUCCUCAAAACGGGCUCCCCGCCCCCGGGGACUCCUGGUCGUAUCAACAUUCUUACGAAUUGUCGUCUCACCACCUAUUAUCGUCAGGUAGCAGCGGUUAUCCAGGGUUCAACGCCCAGCCUGCCGCGUAUUCGUAUACGACCGUCUUGAACGGCCACGACGGACAGAUGUUCGCACCGCGGCAUUCUUACGAGUACGGCGAAGGAAGCCCGCCUCCUUUGGGAGUCCGUGAUUAUCCAAUGAUGGCAGCGCAUUCCCCGCAAAUGGAAGGGCAUGCCCACGAGGAAAAGUUGGAGUACCGUGCGCACGAACAUCAAGAAAAAUAUGCGCCGUGUGCGCUGCAAGAAGAGCCACCGCGGUACGCGCCGCCGCCCGAGGACUACGACAAGUGCGCGAUGGUCUCCCACGACAAACAUUCUUACGAGAUGGAGCGACACUCGGAGCUGGGCCAGCCCGUCGUUGUCAAGAUGGAGCCCAGCCCCGGACAAUCCUAUACUUCCCUGCCCCCUUUUUUGAAUUGAAAUACUCCUUUUCGAAAUUAUCCUAAACUAUGAGUAAUUUGGAAAAGGAGUAUAGAGUAGGAAUAGCAUUUAUGAUGACAAGUUUAUUUUAUAACUAUAUAGGGUUUUCUAUCGAGUCAUCGAUUUUCUUUUACUGUAGGUUAUGUAAAUGCUUAAAUAAUAUUUAUUCCAUAUUGGUGAAUAAACUAAUGGGUUGAAAUAUGAUAGGUACCAAUGUAAAAAAUUAAGUGACCUACCUUAGUAAAGAAUAAUA